AUGAUAGGGGAUUGUGGUUUUUGGGAUGGACUCGAGUGGAUAUGGAAUUUUCAGUGGAGAAGGGAGUUGUUCCAAUGGGAGUUGGAGCUUGUCAACCAGCUUCAUGAGAGGUUAAGGACGGUGACAUUGGCAGAUGGGCAAGAGGAUCAUAUAGUUUGGAAGUUUGAUUGUAAAGGGAUAUUCUCUACCAACUCUGUCGUGAAGGUCCUACAAUCGGAGACUCUGUCAGCGGAGGUAACGAGCUACAGUUUUACAAGUGCCGUCUGGAGAGGAGUGGUACCUCCGAGAAUUGAGCUUUUUGGAUGGUUUGUGCUUGUUGGUAGAGUUAAUACCAAGGAGAGGUUGACCCGGCUAGGCGUUAUUUUGCCAACUGAUAAUAUCUAUGUUCUUUGCAAGAAGGAGGUAGAAUCGGUCAAGCAUUUAUUUCUUCUCUGUGACCUUACAUGGCAGGUGUGGUGCAGUUGGUUGAGAUCCUUUGGUGAAGAUUGGGUUAUUCCUGGUACCGUUAGAGAACUGUUUGAGAGUUGGACUAGUUGGCAUAAGCGAAAACAAGAACAGAAGAGGAGACUGACUGGGUUCUUCGCAGUGAUCUGGAAUAUUUGGGUGGAACGAAAUGUUAGGAUCUUUAAUGAUAAGGAAACAGGUGUUGACUUCGUAAUAAGGAGAACAAUCCAGAGUUACAAUGAAUGGUCUGCUAGUGCUUCUGCGGAUUGUUGA